UGAAAUUGUAGAAGGACCCUUGUAAAAUACGGAAAUUAAAAGUUCACCUCAAAUAACCCCACCAAAAGAGGUUAAGGUCAUCCACUGAUCCGCAAAACCUGCUCUAUCAGUCUCUCGCUCUUCUUUCUAAGGUAAGCGGCGGGAGAAGCCAAGAUUUUGAUGGCGUCAAAACUGCUGCAGUUUCAAUCUAAGGCUUUUGAAGCUUCGAAGUUUGUAGCCAAGAACGGAUCUGCUUACUAUAAGCAGUUGUUGGAACAGAACAAGCAAUACAUUCAGGAACCACCCACAGUGGAGAAGUGCAACGAGUUGUCUAAGCAGCUGUUUUACACUCGCCUUGCUAGUAUCCCUGGUCGUACCGAGUCAUUCUGGAAGGAGCUUGAUUAUGUGAGGAAUCUGUGGAAGAAUAGGCAAGAACUGAAGGUUGAAAAUGCUGGUAUUGCGGCUUUGUUUGGACUGGAGUGCUUUGCAUGGUUUUGUGCGGGUGAGAUAGUGGGAAGGGGUUUUACUUUCACUGGCUACUAUGUCUGAGGGUGAUCUUCUGGCGGACGGUAUUUCAUGGAGUUGGAAGUGUAUGCCCUUCUGGAUGCAUAUUUUUUUUUGUUUUCAUGAAAAUUUUGAAGCUGAGAAAUCAGUGGUUAAUAUGGUAGCUAAAUAAUUUAUAUAGUUAAAGUGGCGUAGGUUUGUUUGUAAGCCUUGCUAUGAACUAUACGCAAGAUUGAUGAUAAUUGUGCAAAUUAUUCACAAACUUAAUUCCACCAUUCUUCCCUUCUGUUUUUA